GGCUCCACCAGUCACCCAUCUUCCUCGUUUGUUUGCUUCUUUUCCCACCGCGGGCGUCUCUGGGAGUUGCAAUGCGAGCGUAGUUCCGAGCGGGGAGACGCCUUUGCCUCUCUCUCCUACUCUGCUCCUAGCAGAACGGAACUUCAAGUCCCAGGAUCCCUUGCGGCCUCCGUAGUCAAGUGGCCGGUGGAAUUGGCCCACGAUGACAGCUGGAGAAUGGAGUCAGUUUUAUCCAAGUAUGAAAACCAGAUUACUAUUUAUGCUGACUACUUAGAAGAAUUUCCAGAUACAGAUGAGCUGGUAUGGAUCUUGGGGAAACAGCAUCUUCUUAAAACAGAAAAAUCCAAGCUGUUGUCUGAUAUAAGCACUCGUCUGUGGUUUACAUACAGAAGGAAAUUUUCACCAAUUGGGGGAACGGGCCCUUCAUCAGAUGCUGGCUGGGGAUGUAUGCUACGCUGUGGACAGAUGAUGCUGGCUCAAGCCCUUAUCUGCAGACAUUUGGGAAGGGACUGGAACUGGGAGAAACAAAAAGAACAACCCGAAGAAUAUCAACGAAUCCUACAGUGCUUCUUAGAUAGAAAAGACUGUUGCUACUCUAUCCACCAAAUGGCACAGAUGGGUGUAGGAGAAGGAAAAUCAAUUGGCGAAUGGUUUGGACCAAAUACAGUUGCACAAGUGCUAAAAAAACUUGCCUUAUUUGACGAAUGGAAUUCCUUGGCUGUUUAUGUUUCCAUGGAUAACACAGUGGUCAUUGAAGAUAUCAAAAAAAUGUGCUGUGUCCUUCCCUUGAGUGCUGACACAGCUGGUGAGAGACCCCCUGACUCUGUGAGUGCUUUGAACCAGAGUAAGGUCACCUCAGCCUGCUGCCCAGCCUGGAAACCCCUGCUGCUCAUUGUGCCCCUUCGCCUGGGCAUAAACCAAAUCAAUCCUGUCUAUGUUGACGCGUUCAAAGAGUGUUUUAAGAUGCCACAGUCUUUAGGGGCAUUAGGAGGAAAACCAAAUAACGCCUAUUAUUUCAUAGGAUUCUUAGGUGAUGAGCUCAUUUUCUUGGAUCCUCACACAACCCAGACCUUUGUUGACACUGAGGAGAAUGGAACAGUUGACGACCAGACUUUCCAUUGCCUGCAGUCCCCACAGCGAAUGAACAUCCUGAACUUGGAUCCUUCCGUAGCAUUGGGAUUUUUCUGCAAAGAAGAAAAAGACUUUGAUAGCUGGUGUAGCCUUGUUCAGAAGGAAAUUCUAAAGGAAAAUUUAAGGAUGUUUGAAUUAGUUCAGAAACAUCCAUCACACUGGCCUCCCUUUGUUCCCCCAGCCAAGCCAGAAGUGACAACCACUGGGGCAGAAUUCAUUGACUCUACCGAACAGCUGGAGGAGUUUGAUCUGGAGGAAGAUUUUGAGAUUCUGAGCGUGUAGAAUAGUGGGAACUCAGCUGGAGGCCUGUCUUCCAAGUGGCACCAGAAGAACAUGAACUAAUUACGUAAGACUUUUCUAGUCAGUAAGUGCCUGAUUUGCCAACAGCAUACAAACUUCAUAGCAAUCAUGACUGAGCCAAUCACCAUUUCUCAGAAAAAAGAAACUAAUUACCCUUUCCCCAAAGGAACUAGAACAAUCAUGGAAUCUAGGAGCAGACAGAUUAGGAGUCAUUCCUUGCUUCCCAGCUUGUCUUACACAGCCCCUACGAGUCUUCAGCUACUGAAAGGAGGAGGUGGACGUCUGGGAGACAGACAGCAACUCCCAGCUUGCUUCAAGCACCAGGAGAUGAGAGAUGGUUACCCUCUGCUUCUUCACCCUUUCAGAUGUGACCUCUUUGGGCCUAAAUACUAAGAAGCAAUUUGUUCUCUUGCUCUGAUAAUAAAGUGAUGGCAUGAGGGAGAAAAAGUUCUUGCUAAAUCAUUUGAAUAUGUAUUUUCAGUAAUUAUAAUUUAGACCAAAAAGUUUGUCAAAGAAACAAUGUCAAAUGUGCACUUGUGGAUUCCCUUCCUACUUAAAGGAACCUUACUAUUUAUUUGCUUGGUCACUGUUCCCAUCCUUACUGAUACUUUUGUGAGAUAUCACUCUGUCCUUAAGUCAAAUCAUGAUUGCUUAAAUCAGAGGUCAGCAAACUUUUUCUGUAUAGGCCAGGUAGUAAAUGUUUUAAGUUUUGCAGUCCAUGUAGACUCUGUCACAGCUACUCAACUCUGCUACUGAAGUGUAAAAGUAGCCAUAGACAAUGUGCAUGCAAACAAGCCUGUCUGUAAGCCAGUACAACUUUGGUUCCAAAGACAGGUGGAGGACUGGAUUUGACCCACAGGCUGUAGUUUGCCAGUCACUGACUUAAGUUGCUGAUUUGGUGGAAAACAAAAAAUAGUGUGAAUUAGACUCCAUUUUGGUUGACUGCCAUAAUUCGAAUUAUUCAUGUGGUGGUAUUUAAUCUGUGCAUUAAAUACAAUGCCAGACCAUUUCACGACUAGCAAUGUACUACAUUUUAAAGGAUAUAUUUAUCAAAUUGGCUUUGCUAACCACUCUCCUGUGUGGAUGUACCUCAAGUUCCAGUGGUGUCUCCCCAUUUUCCUCCCCUUGCCCUCAUGACCUGCAUACAUUUCACCUCCAUCCUCAACUAAGUCCUGAGGAAGGCCAACAACUGUGGUUUGAAAGCUAGCACCAAACAGGUUAUUUUUUUGUAUAUAUAAGAAUAAUAGAAUACCUGUUCCCUUAAAUUCUAUUUUUUUCUUUUUUUCCCAGUAGAUAAUAUAUUCCAGUCGUUCAAAAUUCAAAAGGUACAAAUCGUAUUCAGUGAAAUGGCUCUCCCUCCCCACAGGUUAGAUCCCUUCCCUGAAUACUCCAAAGGUUAUUAAUUUCUUGUUUAUCCUUCCAGAGGAUAUAUUUUAUGUAUAUAAAAAUAUAUGCAUAUAUACCUGUA